GAUAUCUAAUAUAUCUAUGGUGGCAUCGGUAGAAGGUAUCAAAAAUGGCCGCUAUAAUAUCUGUAUUCUAGGAUCACCUUGGUGACUUAGCCCGCUGUUUGUUAGAGAGUGGGAUUGCUUUAAGCUAAAAACAUAAAUUUACUAAAAGGGUAAAUUAUAAUGCAUUACGAAGUCAAUGUUCCUUACAAUUUUAUGCGGUUAAGCGUUCUCUUACUUUUGUUGACAACUGUAUCCUAUUGUGAAGAUGUGGAUAUAACUUCAGCAACAACCACAAAACCAAUAUUUCUUAAUUGUUCUGAUACUGGGGAUGCAUCUUCUAAUUAUAAGUGGUUUUACAAAAGCAAACUUGUGGCAUCUGCAAAUUCAAUUCAAUACCAGAUUACAAACAAAAUGUUAACUGGGCAAUACAACUGUUCGAAAAACAAUAUAAGUUUAAACUCCUUUACUGUCACAAAUCUCAUCGAACCAACAAUUCUCCAUAAAGGUCACUCCAUUACUUUUAUUACUGGUGAUGUCGACAAAUCUAUUACCUGCACAUCACCAUCUUAUCCAUUGCCAGACUUUACUUGGCUCAUCAAAUCCUAUGGCCAUGAAACAAUCAACUUGGGUACCUCAAACAAUCCGAAUUAUGAAAUCACAACCGAUGGGAAUGGAAACUCAGUUCUAAGAAUAUUGAAAGUUUCUGAUCUAAACAAGGGUCACAUAUAUUGUAACAUCAGGAAUAUUGUUGGAAAUCUAACAACGGAGGUUCUUGUUCGUGUGCAUUCUAAUCUUGCUCCCUUGUGGCCUAGUUUAGCAAUUAUCUGUGAAAUUUUGAUUGUUUUAGCAGUGAUGUAUGUGGUAAAUAAGAAAUCUACGUCUAUAUAAUCUGCAGACUUGAGGCUUCUUCAUUAGGACAUUAAAUUUAAUAUUUAUAUGAACUAUAACGGUAUGGGCAGCGGUUAUGCUUUAGAGCAUCUUAAAAACUUUAACCAUAACAUUUGUUUUGCUUAUCUAUUUUUUUAACCAAUUGUUUUUUUUUCAUGGAUAUUAAUUAAGCAACGUGAUUAGUUAUGAACUUGAUUAUGUUUGGUCUAUUUGUUCCAUUUCUAUGAGGGUCUUGUUUUAAGUGCUUCUUCAUCUUUUGGUAGCAUAACUUAAGCAAAUUAGUGAACCUGAAGCCACACACAAAAAAUUAUUUUACAUAAUGCUUUUUUAACUAUAAAAUAACAUGGGAUUUAGGGCAGCAAUAUCUACCAUCAUAAAUUAUUCCUUACAUUUUCAUCCACCUUCACUUUUCAAUUAGUUUCUUCAAUUUGCAAUGUAAAAUUAAAACUUGUAUUAUUGUUAUACUGCUCUAUAACUUUAAAGUUUGUGCACAUUGUCAAUUUUUAAAAAAAUGUGCUUAUUAAAGUUCUCUUUCAUGACUUAAACUACUUUCCUUGUAAUAAUUUAUCUACCCAAAACCCAACAGAAAACAAACCAUGAAACAUGGGUAUCCCAUCAUGCAUCGUAUAUAGUGCCUUUAUACCACCGCUGUGAUACGGUUGCCGUAAAACUUCUCUAAAGAUGACUUAAUAAAGAAUAUUAAUGUUCA